AUGCAAUACCAACCAGUCAAAUCGCAUACCUCAGAGCAGGCAUCUCGAAAGAAGGAUUCACCAACAUACAAAGUUUUCGACUACAAAUGGCAAAUAUACAUAAAGGCCAAAGACGUCAACAAAAUAUCAAGUUCAAUACUUAUAAAACACGAAAAUAUCAAUCAUAGACUUUUCUUCACAGACGACUACUUAACAUGCCACAGAUGCAAAAAAACUGGACAUACAUCAUCAAACUAUACAGAAAACAUAGACAAAUGUAUACCUUUUGUAAACCCAAAUGUAAACCAAAUUGAGGCACUGAAAGCAAAUGAAAAACAAAAUACAUCAAAAAAUCCUAACCAAGAAGAAAAUCCCGAAAUAAAUUGCACACGAGAAACACAUCUGAUAAACCCAACUGACAAUAGAGAAACAGUAUACACAGAUAUAUCAAUUAGUGAAGACCCCUCCGAAUCUACAUCCAAUUCAACAGAAAUAAUGACCCUAGAAAUCAACGAAGAAGAUAACGAACGAGCAACCGAAAUAUCACAAACACACGGCGACCUAGUAAUUAAAAAAGGUGGGCAAGUGGGUAUCGCUCUGCUUUACAGUAGGUAA